AAUCCAAACGGCUUGUUGGGAGAGGCGAACGCAUCGGGGCGGAUGUCCACUUCACUUUUCCCCGGGUGUUGUCUGUCUCCCCGGCGCACACUCACGGCUGCUUCCAUCUAUCCAUGCAGUUCACUUCAUUGUACUGACUGUGCUCAUCAAUUAGAUAAGAAUUAAGCCGUUUUAGAUGUAAUAUUGUCUUUUAGCGCUUCGAAGAGGAUUUUAACUCGCGGAACGAGGCGCAAAUAAGUUUUGAGUGCGGGAAAGCGGAGAGAAACGAAACACAGCCAUGCCCUCAGUGAUGGAGCGCUCGGGGUCCGGGGUCCUGUCCAGGAGCAGAGCAAAGACUGUAACCAAUGGCAACAGCCAACCACACUCUGAAGAAGAGAGCAGCGAUGAAGAGCAUGCUCAUGACAGUAUGAUCAGAGUGGGGGGAGACUACCAGGCUCAGAUCCCAGAGUUCAAACCAGAUUGCACCAGAAGAGGGGAGAAGCAGGAAAAACCAGCCUCUCGUUUAACGUCUGGAUUUUGGCAGAACACAGGUGACAGUCCAACCCGCUGCAAUGAGAAGGACGAGAGGAGCAUGUUGGUUUGGCGUCCCAACAGUCAGCUUUCUGAUGCAAUGUUGGACGAGUACAUACUGAUGGCUAAAGAGAAACAUGGAUACAACAUGGAGCAGGCUCUGGGCAUGUUAUUAUGGCACAAACAUGAUGUGGAGCGCUCGCUUGCUGACCUGGCCAACUUCACCCCGUUCCCAGACGAGUGGACAGUGGAGGACAAAGUGCUGUUUGAGCAGGCCUUCAGCUUCCACGGCAAGAGCUUCCACCGCAUCCAGCAGAUGCUUCCAGACAAGCUGAUCUCCAGCCUUGUGAAGUACUACUACAGCUGGAAGAAGACCAGGACCAGGACCUCUGUCAUGGACCGACAGGCCAGGAGGCUGGUCAGCAAGAGAGAGAAAGAUGACAGUAAUGAUGAGAUUGAGGAAGGAGACCCUGGCAGUGACAGUGACUUUGAGAUUGACGCCAAGAAAGAGGCGGUGAAACAGAACCCCAACAGUGCCAACUCUAACAAGGCCACCCCCAGUCGCUCUGGGCCGGUGAAGAAGGAAAAUAUCGGAGCUCAGUACCGCCACCACCCGCUCAGAGCCCGCCGCAGGCCACCUAAAGGCAUGUACCUGGAGCAGGGAGACAUCAUGUCGGUGUCAGCCUCCCACAACGCCGGGGUGCUAACUAUUCAACAGCUGGACACACAGUUGGUGUCACUCAAGAGACAGGUCCAGUCUAUUAAACAGAACAACAGUAGUUUGAAACAGAGCUUAAAUGAAGGUGUUAACACUUUCAAACCAGCUGAGCCUGUCCCUAAGAUGAACUCGCGUUGGACCACAGAGGAGCAGCUCCUGGCUGUGCAGGCUAUCCGUCGCUAUGGUAAAGACUUUGCAGCCAUUGCUGAGGUGAUCGGGACCAAGACACCAGCUCAGGUGAGUUCCUUCUUCGUGAGCUACCGGCGCAGGUUCAACCUGGACGAGGUGCUGAGGGAGUGGGCGGCCGAGCAGGUGGCCACCAGCCGAGACCAGAGAGACCUCAGGAGGAGCAGCGAGGAGAUGGCAGCCGCUACGGACGCAGCGGCCGAGGAGGACGAGGUCAAAAUGGAGGACUCCCCCUCGGACGCCACCAGCGGCUCCUCUCCUCCCUCCUCCACCCAGACCCCCUCCUCCCUCUCCCAGCCUCCUCCACUGCUGCGCCCUGCACCUCCGUCGGCUCCCCCCAGCCUCCUCCGUCAGCCCCCUCCUCUGCAACACGCCCGCUCCAGAACAGAGCGCCCCACAACCACCCCCCCCCCGCUCAUCCGACCCGCAGUCACCACCUCGUCCUCCACCGGGAGCUCCAGCCUCAGGGCCUCUCCUCCCAGCUCCUCCUCUGCUGCAGGCCAGCUCCCUCCAUCGCUGGUCGGGCUCAAAGUGGAGCAGCCCAACUCGCACUGAUGCACGCACGCACGCACGCACGCACACACGCACACACACAUACACACACACACACACACACACACACAAAAUUAGCAUGCAGACAAACAAAA